AUGCCCCGAUGGCGUUCCAGCGGUUGGGUGUCCAGUGAGCACCAGUUCGGCCAAGCCUGGUCGGCUUAUCCAAGCAGAUCUGGCUGGCGGGAAACGAGUCUACGCAAGGAAGGGGCGGACGACCGCCCUGCACACGACUCUGCUAGUGUGUGGUAUUUUGGAUUCGGUGCGAACAUUAACCCAUGGAAGCUACGAGAGCGGCGGGGCAUCAUACCAUUGGCAGAGUUUCCGGGCAAACUUCCAGGUUGGAGGCUUCUUUUCAACCACAAGGGAGGUAUGGGAAAUAUAGAGCGCUUGGAUGCGGCAGAUGAUGGACCAGAUGCAGUCCAUGGAAUUCUUCUGCAGCUUUCUGCCCGGGACUUCAACAAGCUCUGUCAGAUGGAGUAUGAGUACCGCACAGUGCAGAUAAAUGUGGAGUCGUAUGAUGGGAGAGUCAUCUCCGCACAAGCUUUUGUUAGUCCACCUGAAUGGAAGCUGCCAACCAAUGUCGCACCACCAGAGAGAUACCUCAAACUGAUUCGAGAUGGCUGUAAGGAGAUGGGCAUUGACAUGUCGUACCAAGACUGGCUCAACUCAAUAGCCAGCAACAGAGGCCGAAGAGGUUCCGAGUAUUGGGACGCGCCUGCCAACAACAAGAAAAAGGCCAGAUCCACCAGCCCGGUCCAGAAAGAGGGGCCUCUCAAGAUUGGUGCGCUGUCAGCCUUUGCCGUGGAUGGGUUGGUGGAUAUCGGGGCAAACCUAAACAAGUGCUCGUCACAAGAUCUGGCUUCACAACUCCUGCGAGCGUCGGCCGCUAAAGUGGGCCACGUUAUUCUUACAGGCUGCAGCUUGGUUGCAUAUGUUGCAUGCUUCUGCUGUCAAGCGUCGUGCAUUGGGAGUUUUGGUCUGCAGUUGAUGGCCGUGGCAGAUGGCAAUUCCCCAAGCGAGGCAGUGUCAAGGGAUCGAAGGACGCGAGCCGCAUUUGCCAGGAAUGGGCUGGGCAGGAUCCAGCAAACUGAGCUCAAGAUGCUGCCGAGCCUGUAUUUUACGGCUGGCGUCCACCCACACGAUGCCAAGAGCUGCAAUGUGGAGACUUUGGAUGCCUUGCGGGCACUGGCAAAUCAGACAGCCUGUGUUGCAAUCGGGGAGUGCGGUUUGGACUAUGACAGGAUGUUUUCACCUCGGGAUGUCCAAUUGAAUUGGUGCCGGAAGCAAGUCGAGCUCGCCGUGGAAUUGCGAAUGCCUUUAUUCCUCCAUGAGCGAGACAGAGAUUCAAGCAAGGGGAAGCCGCUUGGGUCUUCAGACGACCUCCUGAAGAUCCUUGCCGAGAGCGGUGUGGAUCCCAAGAAAGCUUGCAUUCAUUGCUUUACUGGUAAGGCGGAGGAUCUGCAAGCUUACGUUUCCAAAGGCUACUUCAUUGGUCUCACCGGCUUUGCGGGCAUGAAGCGUCGUGGAGCACACAUCCGCAGCCUCCUUCAAAAUGGCGCGCUUCCCCUCGAUCAGCUGAUGAUUGAGACAGAUUGCCCAUUCAUGAUGCCGGAUAAGGAGUAUUUGCCGGAGGCACUGGGUGUUCGUGGCCGCACCAAUGAGCCGUGCUUCAUGCCGGCGGUGUGCCGAGCAGUUGCCGAGUGCCUGGAGGUGUCAGCCGAAGACGUUGCCAAGGUUACGACCACCAAUGCUGUGCGCUUCUUCGGCUUGUGA